AUGUGCACAGGUAACCUGUUCCCAGGCAACUCAGGACAAGUUAGUGUGGUGAGUGCAGAUGAACUGAAGGAGAUCAUCCUGAAACAUCUUCAAACCAAGGACACGUCUCUCCAGAUCUUCACACAGGUCGAUGGGCAGAAAACUACCUCUCACUCCACCUGUUGUGGCAAGGCAACCUCCAGCACCUCCUGUGGCAGUCAGACAUCCACCAGCACCACCUCCUGUGGCAGUCAGACAUCCACCAGUUCCACCUCCUGUGGCAGUCAGACAUCCACUAGUACCACCUCCUGUGCUACGCAAGCCUCUGUUGCCACCACAUCAAGCGGGAUUCAAGUCUCUCCCAGUACCCGCCAGGUAGAGAUCCAAGCUUCACCUGCCCAAGUGGACGUCGCCUGUCAGACGGAUCCAACUCCAACUCUUGAUGUCCAGGUCGGUGGCUCACUGGACUCUGUGAACACAGAAACUGAGACCUGUGACACAAGCGGCCUUGGCAAAGACUCAGCUGAUACAACUCCUCUACUGCUGACUCCAGACUUCUUCACCAAGUCACCAUCUGCAGCACCAAAAGGCGUCCUUGAACCACCUGUGACGAAGAAGUAUGAGCUCAUUCCACCAUCCUUCUAUGAACAAAGGGCGAUCAAAUCAUUUGAUGUGUUUGUUGACAGACAAUCGUCCAAGGCUUUUCCCAAAUAUAGAUCUGCAGCGGCCAGGUUGUUUGUGGACAGCAGUGAUUGUACCAAUGUCAGCAACACUGAAAGGUCACCAGUGAACCAAUGCAUUGGAGGCUCACAUCAGAGACAACUGAAUCCCGAGGGAGAGCCAAAGUCAUCCCAGAAGAAAGUGCCUGUCUGUGAUGACGUCGAUGAUCACGUGGAUGAGUAUGACGUGUUUGCUGCUGGAGAAACUACCUGGUUUAAAGCAAUGACCCAGGAACUUACCAAGUCUUCUGAGGACAGAAAUGAGCUAAGCCUUGCUGAUGAACUUGCUCCACAGAGUCCCCAUUUAGAUCAAGAAAUGAGACAUGAGAAUUCUCACAGAAAUGAUGUCAUGGAUGAUAUGAUUACCAACACAACGAGCCCCGUGAGCCUGGUCGAGGACUUCCCUAUUGAAUACACAGAUCCUCAUUUUAUUGAGAACCUCAUCCGCAGGUCUUUCAGUGAUGAAGCAUCGUCUUCCAGAAACAUGAUGUCACUUGCCGAUGAACUACAGACCUCCGGCAUGGGGCUGCAAACCCAACAUGGAUAUACAAGGAAUACAAUGAGUCUUGCAAUGGAACUAGUCCAUACAAAGGAGAUCUCACCAAGGAAGUCUGUCCCAUCUGUCGAAGUGUCAGGACAUGCAUCCUCAGAUUUGUCCUCCCAGGAACAACAAGAGCUGAUGAGGAAGCAGAUUAUGUCCUUUGAAAAAGCUAAACUUUUGUCCCACAAAGCCGUGGUAGGUAAACUACUAUCUGCACGCAGUGAGAAACAGAUUUCGAACACUCUGUCAUCUGUCAAAGUAGUCAGUGAGAUUAAAGUUGCCGAAGAAUCGCCAAGCAAAGUCACUGAUGAUGUCAUGCUCCGUGUCUUCGGCUUUGAUCCCAGAGUCUCACCUUUCACAGUCAACGGCUACCCACUUCUACCUUCCAUGAGUGAGGAUCUGGACCACAUCGACCUACCAAUUCUAGAGAAAAGGGAUGUGCGGUUUGCUAGGAAAGAUGAUGGCAUGUUUGUGUGUGUUGGUCAGGGUGCGUACGGCCGUGUGUACCUGGCGGAGAUGUCUGGACGAGAGGGGAAGCUUGUGGUGAAGGACUAUAUCAAUGAAGGCGUCACAUGGGAAGUGAUCCAACACGAGGCCAGGCUCUUGAAGUACCUCACAGACACCAACUUCGUCCCUGAGUUUGUGGGAUUGAUAACGUCCUCGGCAUCCGAAGGUGGACACUCCUUGGUACAGGAGUACUUCGGCAAUGGUCUGACCAUCCUGAAACUGUUACAAAGCCAAGAUGAGCUGAGCAAGACGACCUGGAUGAGCAUCUGUUGCCAGCUUGCUGAAGGACUCCAGGCAAUCCAUGCUAAGCAUGUCCUCCUCAAUGAUGUAAAGAGUGACAAUGUACUUGUGGACCUAACUUCUGGAUUGCCUGAAAUCAGAUACAUCGAUGUAGGAAUGGCUACUUACAGACAAGGGCUUCAGUUCGAGUGUUCCCGACCUCAUAUUGAUGAUCAUAAUUACUUGGCCCCAGAGGUGUGCAUGGGGUCCCACUCUAGCCCCUUGUCGGACAUCUACAGUCUGGGACAUCUCCUGGGACAUAUUGGCAGGAAGAGUCAGAUCCCAGAGUUGGAGAGUGUGAGUCAGUCCUGCACCCAGCAGCUGCCCAUAGACAGGAUGUCACUGAGCACUGUCAGGGCUGAGCUGGACCUCAUCUCCAGCGCUGUAGGGGGGUAG